AUGCAUUCCCUGGAACGCACGAGACCGCACGGUCCAGGGCAUGGUAUAGCUCCUGCGUCAGCAACGAAGCUUGUUAUGGCACUGCUUGCCUACGUAUUUCACUCCGCUUUCAUGGCGGUUCGUGCCUCACCCGUCGUGAUGUGGGCUGUACCGACCUCGUCUACGAUGACGAUGACGAGGCCUCGGGACCAUGUAGAGGCACCUAUUGAGCAUAAUGAGCCAUGGAAAAAGGUUAUGGACAUUCUUAUGAUUGCCUUCCUUGUGCUGCUCGGUGGGGUAUUUGCGGGUCUGACGCUCGGUCUUAUGGGUCUCGAUAUGGUGAACCUGCAGGUUCUCAUGACAUCUGGUACAGAUCAAGAGAGACAGAACGCGGCCAAAGUCAUGCGCCUGCUUGAGCGUGGUAGGCACUGGGUCUUGGUGGUUUUGUUGCUCGGUAAUGUGAUUGUAAAUGAAACGCUUCCGAUCUUUUUGUCUGAAUUUGGCUCUGGACUCACAGCUGUCAUUCUAUCUACGAUCCUUAUUGUCAUCUUUGGUGAGAUCGUGCCUCAAUCAAUCUGUGCUCGCUAUGGUCUCUCCAUUGGUGCCCUAUGCGCUCCGCUCGUGCACGGAGCCAUGAUUCUACUGGCGCCAGUGGCAUGGCCCACGGCCAAGCUCCUCGACUAUUGCCUUGGCGAAGAGCACGGAACUACAUAUCGCAAAGCAGAACUCAAAACGUUUGUUUCUUUGCAUCAGCAAAUCGGAACCGAGCAUUUAAACGAUGAUGAAGUGACCAUCAUCCGCGCCGUCCUGGAUUUGAACGACAAAACAGUGGCAGACGUUAUGACACCUAUUGAGGAUGUGUACACUUUACCCAUUGAUCACGUUCUCGAUGACGCUGGUGUGGAUGAGCUUGUCCAAUCGGGCUAUUCGCGUGUACCCAUUCAUGAGAAUGACCGCCCCGAUGCCAUUCUUGGUAUGUUGCUCGUCAAGCAAUUGAUCCAAUACGACCCAGAAGAUGCUUGGCCCGUCUCGCGCUUCCAUCUCACACCUCUCCCAGAAACCUCGCCAGACUUGAACCUACUCGAUGCCAUCAACUAUAUGCAGGUGGGUCGCUCUCAUAUGAUCCUAGUGUCUAAGCACCCCGGUGAGCCAUCGGGUGCCAUGGGCGUGGUAACAUUGGAAGACAUUAUCGAGGAAAUGAUUGGCGAAGAGAUCGUGGAUGAGACGGACGUAUUUGUUGACGUGCACAAUAAAAUCAAGGUCGUCCGUACCAAGCCGUCAGGUGCCAAGCAGGACCAAUGGCAGCCGCUCAUUCGCGGUAUCAUUGAGCGACGCCGUAAAUACGGAGGACCAAAAAAUAUACCGUUGCACAACAGUUUUGGCACCAUGGGACAGGGCCCAAUGAGCCGAACGCGCAGUUUCAGUCGUUCUUCUAAAUAUGGCACGAUGCCACAAAGCAAAGCACAUGACAAGGUGUCUAUCAAGAAGAUUGGACACCGACGAACGGGCAGUGGACCACAGAGUGAAUUGUCCCCGGGAAUGCAAGCAGACAAGACGCCUCUGCAGACGCCCAAGUCCAUGUCAUCGUCUAUCACAUUUAGUGACUAUGGACCAGAGUCGUUGAAUCUCGCCGAGUCCGAGCGCACAUUCCAAGCCCCUGGGCCAUACAUUGUUGAAGCAGUUCAUGGUACCAGUGACGAAUUUCGCGUGAUUACUGUGGCCGAGCUGAAUGAAGACACGGCACAUGACUUGCAUAACAAAGCGGUUCACGAAGCGGUCAAGCAGGCCGAAGAGAGUGCACAUGUAUCACAGUUUAAUGACGACCCUGGGCCUACAUAG